CUCCUUGCUCUGACUUUUGGGGGGGAUUGUACCUGCGCGCGCGUGGGCUCCGGACAUGUCUUUCCCUCAGCUGGGGUACCCCCAGUUCCUCAGCGCCUCCCACGAGGUGUACGGCGGCGGCGGCGGCGGCGGCGAGCGGCCCGCCUCUGCCCGGGAGGGAGGCGCGGAGGGCGGCGUGAGCUCCUCCGCCACCGCCGCGGCCGUCGGCUCCAUGCUGGGGAUGUACGGGAACCCGUGGGCUGCUCACAACUACAGUGCCUUCCUGCCGUACAGCGGAGCCACGGACCUCGCGCUCAUCUCCCAGAUGGGCUCCCAGUACGAGCUGAAAGACAGCCCGGGCUCCCACCCUGCGUCCCUGCCCGUCCACACCGCGCAGGGCUUCUACCCGUACGGCCAGUACCCGUACGGGGACCCGUCCAGGGCCAAGACGGCCACCAGGGAGACCACCAGCACCCUGAAGGCCUGGCUGCAGGAGCACCAGAAGAACCCCUACCCCACCAAAGGAGAGAAGAUCAUGCUGGCGAUCAUCACGAGGAUGACGCUCACACAGGUAUCGACAUGGUUCGCAAAUGCCCGCAGACGCCUGAAGAAGGAGAAUAAGGUGACCUGGGGCCGCAGCGCGGAGGACAGAGACGGCCGCAUCUUCAGCAGCGACAACGAGGACGAACACGGCAAGAACGGCAGCGACGAGGAAGACGAAGAGGAGGAGAUCGAUUUAGAAACGGUCGACAUCGAGAGGCCCGAGGAGCAGCAGGGCUCCGGGAAAGGCGAGGGGGAGGCGGGCCUGUCGGCCGCGGAGCAGGCCUCGGAGCCGGUGCGCUCGGAGAGCAGCAGGACGCUGGAGGGCCUGAGAGGAGUGGAGGCGGGCGUUUCUCUCAAUAAAUCCCCCGGAGGGAAGCUCGGAGUGGACCUUUCUCCCGGCAGACAGGAUUGCCAGAGACCGCCGCAAAGCAAACCCAAAAUCUGGUCUUUGGCGGAGACCGCCACGGCCCCCGACAGCUCCCACAAAUCUUCCCCCGCGGCCCACGCGCACCACGCGGCUCUGGCCUCCGCCGGACACCCGGCCUUGCUCCCGGGUCAUGGAAUAUACACGUGCCAGAUUGGGAAGCUGCAUAACUGGGCCAACGCGGCUUUUCUGAACGCCAACUCUCUUUUGAACAUGAGGUCGCUGCUGGGAGGGGCGCCGGCCGGACACCUGCCGCUCCACGGCGCGGUGCCGGCCGCGCGCCGCGACGCACGGCCCGCGGCGGCGGCCGGAACGGGGACUUCUGGGACGGAGGAUGACAGCGACGUAGAGUCAACAGGAAGCUUCAGCCCAAAAAGAGAUGAUGAGGAGAGGGACCACAGGCCCGGCUCCCUGAAGUCUCCGUUUCAGCUGAUCACUGACAGACCUCACCAUGGCACAGCAUCACAGCGCGCUCUGACCACAACAUUAUGAAAAGAUGGAACAAAAGGAAAAGAGAAAAGGAAUAAUUUUAUUUAACGGAGAACAGUUUAAAGAAGGCUAUUUUUUGUGACUGGACCACCUGGUUAUAGUAUUACUGUUUAGCUUCUACAUGCAAAAAGAGAUGGAUGUUUGUUUUGUUUUUUGUUUUUUUUUUGUUUUGGUCACAGAUUUGCUUGUAUUCUUCUUAUUUUGUCUCCUGGUUUUGUUCUUUCCCCCCCUCUCUUCUGUUGUGAAUGGAAACUUUGACAAUUGUAAAUACAGGAUAUGAAUUUGUCUUUAAAGAAUAUAUUUUUUGGGAACUAAAUAAAUGUCAUUAUAGUCAUUUAUUACUGAAGACUUUUCCCAAACCUGUAGUAUUUUAUUAUGAAGAGUUGGAGGAAAU